AUGCCUACCUACGACGAGAACGACCUUGCUACCCAGGCGCCCACUGAGGCUCCCAGGACCGAGAGCGUCAGCCAGAACACUCUGCCUAUCCCCGGCGAGUCUGACGAUGGCCCCAUUGAGGUUCCUGCCACCAGGUCCUCCAUCUCUGAGGCGCACAAGUACAUGCACAACCUGAGCGUCUCCCCCUCCAUGAAGGAGAGGAGGGGUUCCCGCAACUCUUUCGGUACCGCCCUUCCCAUCCCCAGGUCCAAGAGGCAGUCCCGCCUCUCCUCCGUCGCCUAUGCCGAUGGCCGUCCCUCGCGCCCGGGCAUGCCCCCCAUCCAGCCCACCCGUGAGCUGCUGGCCUCCCAGAUUCAGGACAUGUCCGCCGAGAAGGUCACCAAGGCCAAGGACAUGGCCUUCGUCUUCGACAUUGACGGUGUCCUGGUCCACGGUGACCGUCUGAUCCCCGAGGGCAAGCGUACCCUUGAGAUCCUCAACGGUGACAACGAGCUCGGCAUCAAGAUCCCUCACAUUUUCCUGACCAACGGCUCUGGUAAGCCCGAGGCGCCCCGUUGCGAGCAGCUCUCCAAGAUUCUGGGCAACCCCAUCUCCACCGAGCAGUUCAUCCAAUCCCACACUCCCAUGAGUGCCCUGGCUGAGUACUACAAGACUGUCCUCAUUGUCGGUGGUGAGGGCUACCGCUGCCGUGAGGUCGCCGAGCAGUACGGCUUCAAGGACAUUGUCGUCCCCAACGACAUUGUCGCGUGGGACCCCACCAUCGCGCCCUACCGCGUCUUCACCGCCGAGGAACGUGCCAGCUCCAGGCCCCGUGACUUCAGCCAGACCAACAUUGAGGCUAUCAUGGUCUUCUCCGACUCCCGCGACUACGCCACCGACAUGCAGAUCAUCAUGGAUUUGCUCCGUUCUGAGAACGGCCGCCUCGGCACGAUGGCCAAGGACCCUGUCUCCCAGCGCAUCCCCAUCUACUUCUCCCAGGGUGAUCUUCUGUGCCCCAGCGAGCACUGGACUCCCCGUAUGUCCCAGGGUGCCUUCCGCAUCGGUCUUGAGGCCAUGUACCGUGCUCUGACCGGCGUCGACCUCGAGCGUGUCGUCUACGGCAAGCCUGAGUUGGCCACCUACAAGUACGCCGACGAGGUCAUCGCCUCCUGGAUGGAGGUCAUCCACAACGAGGAGAAGCUGCCCAAGAACAUCUACAUGAUCGGUGACAACCCGGCCUCCGACAUCGUCGGUGGUAACAUGUACGGCUGGAACACCUGCCUGGUCCGCACUGGUGUCUACCAGGGCGAGGGCAACGACGACGAUAACCCCGCUUCCGUUGGUGUCUUCCCCAACGUCCUCGAGGCCAUCAAGACCGCCAUCAAGCGUGAGCUUGGCGAGGAGUUCAAGUUCGAGUUCGACGAGAAGAUCAACCCCGUCCUGCACGGCGACCGCUCUUCCGCCGCUGCCAUUGAGUAA